CUCUCACGUACGCGCAGCCGGGCGGGCAGGCAGGCGCGGAGCUGCUGUCGGCUGUCCCGCACUCUCACUCGCAUUGGCACCCGCACUCGCAUUGGCACCCGCAUCCGCGCCCGUACCCGCGCACUUGCUGGAGAUGAGCCGCGCCGCGCUGCGGCUCUCCCUCCUGCUCCUGGCCGCCCUGGGCCAUGCCAGCGCCGGCACUGAGCACGACCAGGAGCACGGUGGUGAGGAUCCCCCACACUCCCAGGAGAAAGGUCCUGGCCACAGCCACUGGAGCUAUGAAGACCGGGACCAGUGGGGUGUGGACUACCCGGACUGUGCCGGUACUGCGCAGUCCCCCAUCAACAUUGACACGACCAAGACCAUCUUCAGCCCCCAGCUGCGGCCGAUCCAGCUCUCUGGCUACAGCCUGCCUGCCAACGAGAAGCUCAAGCUGAGGAACAACGGGCACACAGUUCUCCUCGAGCUGCCCGAGUCACUGGCCAUCACUGGUGGCUAUGCCCAGCAGUACCGAGCCACGCAGCUGCACCUGCACUGGGGCUCCCCGUCGGGACCUGGCUCAGAGCACACCGUCAACGGGCGCCGCUUUGCCGUGGAGAUCCACGUGGUCCACUACAACACCAAGUAUGACAGCUUUAAGGAGGCAAUGGUCCACUCAGAUGGCCUGGCUGUACUGGGAGCCUUCCUGGAGGUUGGGCCAAGGGAGAACCCAUACUAUCAGGAAAUAAUUCAGCAUCUGUACAAAAUCCAAAGAGAAGGAGAGGUAGUCUUGGUGCCUGGAUUCAACAUUGCAGGUCUGCUGCCUGCCAACCUGAAAUUCUACUUUCACUACAAUGGCUCUCUGACCACUCCUCCCUGCUACCAGACGGUGAAGUGGACAGUCUUCAACCAGACCAUGCUGCUCUCUCGUGACCAGAUGUCAACGCUUGUAAAGACCCUGAAAAAUGAUGACAACAAACCUCUGCAGAACAAUUACCGUCUGGCACAGGACCUGCACGGACGACGGGUGCUGGCGAGUUUCCAGACUACCUUCUUUUUGGCGAAGCACGUGCCUUCUGGUCGUGAUGGCUCAGACACAGAAGACAACUCCAGCUCUUCGUUUCAUGCUGGGGACGUGCUGGCCGUGCUUUUCGGGUUGCUCUUUGCUAUCACUGCGCUGUCCUUCCUGGUGUACAUCUAUAAGCACCGCAGCCGCAACGCACGGCUGGACUUGCUGACCAAAUCCAAGGUCAUCUACACGGCUGCCACCGCCGAGAACACUGCGUGAGUCCUGCACCUCUGCAGACGUCCCAGCCCGCCGAUUCAGCCUGCCACCCCUUCUCUCCCCACUCCCAACCUAGGCUGCGGGAGAGUCAGCGGUCCAGCAUCCCUCAGCUGCACCGGUUGCCUGCACAGACUGGUUGCCUGGGGCAGCAUCUGGCCCCAGCAGUUAUUUUUGUUAUAAAAAACUGUUAAACUGUAUUUAAAAAAAGUAAAAGCCUCCUGUGGUGUCAGCA